CCCAGGGUUAUCCUCGUUUUUAUUUUUCAGUUACACCUGUUUGAGUUUUUGUGUGCCAAAUGAGUUUCCUUAAUGAAGUGCUUUCAUCGGCAGAAAAAGUUGAGCUUGAUGAAACUAAUAAAAAAGUACCGGAACUAAAGUCAAGAACAGAAAUCAUAAAAAUUGAGGUUAUACGUUACCUCGAAAACGUUUAUGUAAAAUACAGUGAAAGACCUAAGCAAAAUAGAACCCUAUUGACUAAAGCACUUGAAAUUGAAGAAGAAGUAAAGACAUUAAAAAAUAAUGCAGAACAUGCAGCAAAAAAAGAAUUGCUAAAUUCACAGUAUGAACUGGAGAAACAUAUAACUUCUUUAGAAAGCAUUAAUUGUGAGUUACAUAUGGUACUUAAUCUGUGCCACAUUAAUGAAUCUUUAAUAAAUUUUACAGAGUUAUUUGAUUCAAAAAUGUAUUUAAACUUGAUGAAGUUAAUCUGUAAUUUAGAAAAAUUGGUAAAUAAUUUUCCCGCUGAUGAAUACAUUGAAGUAAUAGAUGAGCUGAAAUUUAUUAUUAACACUAAAGAGAAUACACUUUUAAAUGAACUAAAAAAUGUAUUUACAGACAAUAUUAAUAUAAGUGAAAAUGAAGAUGAGAAAUCUGUUGUUAUAAAAAUUAAAAAAGAUGUCAAUAACUUAGAGCAAGCCCUUUUUGCUCUAUAUUUUAAAAAUUCUGUGGUAUAUCCUUUACAUAGUUUUGCCAAAUCUUUGUGGAACUAUAUUUUUGUGCCAGUUGUAGACUGCACUGUUAAAGUAAAUAUCUGUGAAGAUGACAAAUAUCACAUUCUCAAAGUCGUUACAGAGGAUGCCACAAAAAAAUCUGGAUACUUAAAGGUGUUUUCUAAUUUGAAAACAGUUUUAGAAUACCUUAAAAAGAAUUGUAAUGUACACAUAAAUGAAGAAUUGACUUCCUUGGGAUAUAUUGGCUCAGAAAUUAGGGACGAUUUAUCAGAACUUAUAAUAAAAAACUGUCUUCAGAACACUAUUCCAUCGAAUGCAGCGGAACUCCAGAAAUAUAAAAUUGUUAUAGAAGAUACUAAAUCAUUAGAAGAGGUAUUAAGGGACUGCCAUAUAUUUACUGAAGAUACUACAUCGAUAUUUGAAUAUGCCAAUAACGUGGAUAUAUUAUUUAUCAACAAAAAGUGUAAUGAAUAUCUUGUAACCUCACAGAACAUAAUGAAAAAAGAUUUGCAUGAUUUGGUUGAAAUUGGUACCCCAUAUAAUCCCGAUAAUCCAUUAGGAUGCAACAUAGAUGAGUUUCUACAGUGUACAGUUUCUAAAAAUACUAUCGAGUUAAUCCAAUUUACCGAGAAAGUUAUUCAGCAAGCCCUCACAGUUUCUGAUGUUUGUGGAGAUCGCCUUUUCUGUACAGUUCAAAAUAUAUUCAGAAAAUAUAGCAGUUUUGUUCCCGAAUUUCAUAGGAAAGUGUUACAAACUAUACCACAACAAGUUGCUUUGUUUCACAACAAUUGCUUUUAUAUAACCUUCAAAUUAACUGAGUGGAAUAAACUAUAUUCUCCAAGAAUGUCGGCAGUUUUAAAAACCGAUAACUGUGGAUUUAAAGAUGAAAUAUUUCAACUGCAAAAGGUAGCUGCUGAAACCUUUACUUCUUAUAUGGAAGGACAGCUGAAACAAUUAAACGAGAUUAUGAAGAAAUCUGGCUGUGAUGAUCAUACUUUGGACAAUCUAAAAUUAGUCACGGAAAAAGGCAUAAGGCAGCAGGAAUUACUGAAAACUGCUUGGCAUAAGGUACUGCCAUAUCCUACAUAUAAUAAAGCUCUUGGCUUAAUGUUGAAUUCUCUCUGCAACAGUAUUAUAACUUCUAUUGUGAAAUUCGAGGAUAUUUCCUAUGAUGCAGCAGAACAAAUGGUAGAAAUAAUGAAAACUAUUUUUAUACGUGGACCUAAACUGUUCACAAAUCCCAAAGAGAUAAGUCUGUAUGUUUCUUCUUGGUGCAAACUGAAUGAACUGAAUUUUGUACUCGGUGCUAAUUUGUUGGAUAUUAAUGAUAGAUGGGUUGAUGGUAAAGGAGCUCUCGCCCUUCAGUUCAAACCUGUGGAGAUCAAGCAGCUGAUUACAGCACUUUUCCAGAAUACCGAUAGAAAAUCAGCUCUUUUAGCAAAGAUCCAAGGGUAGAGUAGAUUGGUUUAUUGGUAUGGAAUUUUUAUACAAUUUAUAUCUUAUACUUCACAUAAUUCUAGAACUUUCAUUAAGUAAAAAUAAAAAGUAUUUUUCAUUGUAAUUGAGAACCAUUAAAAUACUUGUUUUUGUUAA